GCGCGGGCGGGCGCGCCGCCGCUGGAGCCCCGCACCGCCACCCCGGUGCCCCUCGGCCGCCGAUGCUGCAGCUCUGCAAGGUCACGGCCUCGCUGCUGCUGGGCACGGCCCGGGCAGCGUGCGACGAGGAGCUGCUGGCACGGGAGGGGGUCACCUUCUGCAUCAAUGUCACCCGGCAGCAGCCGUUCCCCGGGCUGCAGCGCGUCCGCGGCAUUCGCGUGCCCGUGUUCGACGACCCGGCCGAGGAUCUGUACCGCUACUUCGAGCCGUGCGGCGCCGCCAUCGAGGAGGCCGUGCGGAGCGGCGGCAAGUGCUUGGUUUACUGCAAGAACGGCCGCAGCCGCUCCGCUGCCAUUUGCACGGCUUAUCUSAUGAGACACCGGCAGCUCCCGCUCAAGGACGCAUUUGAGGCUGUGAAGRCUGCCAGACCUGUAGCAGAACCAAAUGCAGGAUUUUGGUCUCAGCUGCAAAGAUACGAAGAAGAUUUGCAGAUACCAAAGCAGUCUGCUCUGCUGAGCAAAGGACUUAAAAAUAGUGAUGUGUGAAGAUGCUUUAAWGAAUGUGAAGUGACUUGCUACAGACUUUUAAAAAAAAAGGAAAAAAAUUCAUUUCCUAAAUCACCUGUACAUAAAACACUUUACCCCCAUAACUGAGUUGAUGGUUCAUUAAAUUCAUUCAGAGCAUUUCUGUUGGCAGUGCAUGGAAACAGGGCGGAUAAGCAGGGAAUAACAGCAAAAMCAGAAAAUGGUUGGAAGGACUGUAAACAAACUAGAGAAAGACAUGGAAUCUUCAGCAGUUAUUUUCCCCUGAAUGACCGUGAGCAUGGUAACAAUGCACUGAAGGAAUGAAGAAGUUACCACACAGUGAUUUUACUCUUGUUUUUGAAACUCCCCAGUGAUGCCAUUAGAAGACAUGAUGCCAGAGCAAGGAAGUUCUGAAUUUCUCUCUCACUUAUUGGAUCAUAACUCAUGUUCAUGAGCUGACACAACCUUUGGUGGGAAACUGACAGUGUUUGAUGCUUUGUCUCUGCUAUUUUCCUUAUAUUCAACUAGACCAAAGUACCUUCAAAAAUUCCAUAAAGUCCAG